CUGGAAUAAUUGAGUGGAGGUCGAUUGAACAGGAAGUUAAUCCAACUGUCCACACGUCAUUCCAAUAUCGCCCAGUCAAGUCGACAAAUUGACGAUUUUUCUAACGACAGUGGAACUUAGUUUUUGUGAUAGUGUAUGUGAAUUUUAUGGUGUAAAAUGCAAAUUCCUAAUGAAUAUGUUUCUACGGCGGAAGACUUUGCGGACCAGGUGAUUAGAAAAGGAAAGAAUGUACUGCCAACAGUGGCACGGUUGUGCCUCAUCUCCACCUUUCUGGAGGAUGGUCUCCGGAUGUGGUUCCAGUGGUCAGAGCAGAGAGACUACAUGGACAUGUCGUGGGGAUGUGGGAAAUUCCUGGCCACCAUGUUCGUUAUAGUGAAUCUGUUGGGUCAGCUGGGCGGCUGCGUGAUGGUGCUGGGCAGGCUGAAGGUGGACAUCGCGUGCGGGCUACUCUUCUUCAUUGUUGUACUACAGACGUUCGCGUACAGCAUACUCUGGGACAUGCAGUUCCUGCUGCGCAAUCUGGCGUUGAUCGGCGCUUUACUGCUGGUGCUGGCGGAGGCGCGCGCGGAGGGCCGCAGCCUGUUCGCCGGAGUACCCAGCCUGGGCGAGAACAAGCCCAAGACGUACCUGCAGCUGGCCGGCCGCAUACUGCUAGCUUUCAUGUUCAUCACGCUGCUGCGCUUCGAGGUCUCCUUCCUGCAGAUCGUGCAAGACCUGCUGGGUAGCGUGCUGAUGGUGCUGGUGACGGUGGGUUACCGCACCAAGCUGUCCGCGCUCAUGCUGGUGUUGGUGCUCUCCAUGCUCAACCUGUACCACAACGCCUGGUGGACGGUGCCCACCUACAAGCCGCUCCGGGACUUCCUCAAAUACGACUUCUUCCAGACUUUAUCGGUGAUCGGCGGUCUUCUGAUGAUCGUGUACCUGGGGCCGGGAGGCGUCAGUAUGGACGAGCACAAGAAGAAGUGGUAGAGCAGUGCACAGACUGUUGACGGUGUUGACGAGUUCACGGUGCGGACGUUCAGUGUAAAUACGCGAGCUGUUUUACUAUGUGUUUUAAGUGAGAAUAAACUUGUAACUCUAAUCUUAGUCUCGUCUUUGGGCGAAUGUGGCCGUUUCCUUUGUUUGCCGCUAGAUGGCGCUACUCGGAUACGAUUUGUCGUCAGACAUUCUGAAAACGACACGAUUUUUCAAAAUGUUGUGAGUUCCGUCUUGCAUGUAUGUUUACGUAUCGUUUGUCCUAUUGUUAGUUUAGUGUAUUUAUAAGUGUUCCUACGAUUUUACAUCGGAGAGAAAGCAUAAAGAAGUGUAUUAGGCGACCGACUUGCUGCCAUUCCAUAGUCUUCUCACUUAAAAUACGUAGUGGUGGGGCCAUUUUUACCAAGAGAAGGCAAUUUUUAUAUACAAAAUAUUACAAUUAUAAUAAAUAUUUUAUGGAGA